AUCCUGCACUGCCUGGGACCGUGUGACAGAUGAGAAACUGCUUCCAUCUGGAAACCCAAAAAAGGGGGACAGACUAUACUUAGUCACCGACGGCAGAGCCGAGCCGCUUGCAUUGCAUUGCAUUGCAUUGCGAUGAGCGUCAUUUCGUUUCGGUGAGAAGGCAGCGAGGACGUGCGCUUUGCGGAGCGCUUGCAAAGCAUCGAUCGCUGGGGGAACUAAUAUUUUAUUCUGCUAUUCCAGUCUUGUCUUUCAGCACCUUGUCACCAUCUGAUUUUAUUUUUAUUCUUUUUAAUUUUUUUUUUACUCAGCACCGGCAUUAUUCCACGUUUACUGCAUAAACUCGCACUAAAGCAAUAUUGUACCUGGAGUGUUAAUUCAAAGACUGGCAGUUUUGGAUGUUCAUCUCCAUACCCUGACAGAAGUACGAGUUGUCGCAUUCUCCAGUCGUUAAUGGGACUUCUUAUGGGGAGACGGUCGUGAGGGAACUGUGUCUGGCAGAUUUGUUAAGAACGUGCACCAGGAGGAGAGCGCAGGGGAGAUGAUCCACAGCGCACGCAGUGGAAUCUGGGACUGAGGUCAGAGUUGGCUUCCAAGCGAACGUCGGGACAGUCUUUGGAACGCUUUCUCUCUGGCACCCCCUUCCCCCACCCUCCCUGGAACAUCAGAUAGCAGCGCGUUCUCCGAACAGGAAGGCGUAGGAAGGCCGGCGACGCAGAGCGGCGGCAGGAUGCGGGAGACGCUGGGCCUGUGGGUGUUUUUGAUUUUCCUGGGCGUGGCUCUUUGUAGCCACGCCUCCAUGCCGCCGGGGCAUGGUCACAGGAGGCGGCUUUCAUUGCACAGACACCGGGAGAGGGGUAAAGAAGGACAGGUCCUUCACCGCUCCAAGAGGGGCUGGGUUUGGAAUCAGUUCUUUGUCAUCGAGGAAUACACAGGACCUGAUCCAGUGCUGGUGGGCCGGCUCCAUUCGGACGUAGACUCAGGAGACGGCACCAUCAAGUACAUUCUCUCAGGUGAUGGUGCCGGCACCAUUUUCGUCAUCGAUGACAAGACUGGGAACAUUCAUGCCACCAAGACACUAGACCGGGAGGAGCAGGCCCAGUACACGCUGACAGCCCAAGCGGUGGCACGUGACACCAACAAGCCCUUGGAGCCACCUUCCGAGUUCAUCGUCAAGGUGCAGGACAUCAACGACAACCCGCCUGAAUUCUUGCAUGGCCCCUACUAUGCCAGUGUACCCGAGAUGUCCAAUGUGGGCACGUCGGUGAUGCAAGUGACUGCUACGGAUGCCGACGACCCCACCUAUGGGAAUAGUGCCAGGCUGGUGUACAGUAUCCUCCAGGGCCAGCCAUACUUCUCAGUGGAACCCCAGACAGGGAUCAUCAGGACGGCCCUCCCCAACAUGGACAGAGAGGCACGUCAGGAAUACGACGUGGUCAUCCAGGCCAAGGACAUGGGCGGCCACAUGGGGGGGCUGUCAGGGACGACGGAAGUGAAGAUCACCCUGACGGAUGUCAAUGACAACCCGCCCAAGUUCCCACAGAGUGUGUACAGCAUGUCUGUCUUAGAGGACAAAGUCCCUGGCGAGGAGGUGGGCAGGUUGAAGGCGAAGGACCCCGAUUUGGGGGAGAACGGCCUGGUGACAUACCGUCUGAUUGACGGCGACGGGAUGAACGUCUUCGAGAUCGUCACCGACUCCGUGACACGGGAUUGCGUCAUCAAGCUGAAAAAGCCGGUGGACUUUGAGACCAAACCAUUCUAUACGCUGAAGGUGGAAGCGGCUAACCCGCAUGUGGACUCCCGUUUUAUUGCCUGGGGGCCUUACAAAGACACGGCCAUGGUGAAGGUCACGGUGCUGGAUGCUGAUGAACCCCCAUUCUUCAGCUCAGCCAGCUACACCUUUGAGGUGGAGGAAAACGCCCCUGAUGGUACCGUGGUGGGGCAGGUGCACGCGAAGGACACCGACACCGCCAACAACCCCGUCAGAUAUCAGAUUACUCCCUACACAAACCUGGACCAGCUCUUCACAAUCAAUCCUGAAGAUGGCGUCAUUAAAACAACGAGACCCCUGGACCGUGAGACCCAACCCUGGCACAAUAUUUCAGUCAGUGCCUCAGAAAUCGGUGGACAUCACCAAGAUGCCAAAGUCCGCGUCAACAUCAAGGUCAAGGACGUGAACGAUAAUACCCCAGAAUUUGCCACCCAGAAUGAUGUCCUUAUGUGUGAAAAUUUUCCAGCAGGAAAGCUUAUUGAGACAGUCAGCGCCGUGGACAAGGACGAGAUGGCCCACCGGCAGUACUUCCGCUUCAACCUCCCGCCGGAAGCUGUCAACAACCACAACUUCUCUCUCAAAGACAACCUCGACAGCACCGCCAGCAUCUACGUUAUCCGCAAAGGCUUCAGCCGGAUGACCCAGGAUAUCUACUUCCUGCCCAUCGAGAUCAACGACAACGGCAUCCCCCCGAUGAGCAGCACCAACACCUUGACCAUCCGCGUGUGCAGCUGCGACAGCAAGGACACCAUCCUCUCCUGCAAUGUGGAGCCCUAUGUCCUCCCCGCCGGGCUCAGCACAGGAGCCCUCAUCGCCAUCCUAGCUUGCAUCGUCAUCCUACUGGCUAUCGUGGUGCUGUUCGUGGCCCUGCGUAGACAGAAGAAAGAGCCCCUCAUCGUCUUUGAGGAGGAAGACAUCCGCGAGAACAUCAUCACGUACGACGAUGAGGGCGGCGGCGAGGAAGACACGGAGGCCUUCGACAUCGCCACCUUGCAGAACCCCGAUGGUGCCAAUGGCUACCUGCCACGGAAGGACAUCAAACCAGAGCUGCAGUAUGCGGUGAGACCUGGAUCGCGGCCUGCGGCCAACAGCGUGGAUGUGGAUGACUUUAUCAAGACCCGCAUCUCGGAUGCAGACAACGACCCCACAGCGCCCCCUUAUGACUCCAUCCAGAUCUAUGGGUACGAGGGCCGUGGUUCGGUUGCCGGGUCCCUCAGCUCCCUGGAGUCAGUCACCACAGACUCGGAUCUUGACUACGACUACCUCCAAAGCUGGGGGCCACGUUUCAAGAAGUUGGCCGACCUCUACGGCACCAAAGACCCUGUCGAUGACAACUCUUAACACCCGGGAGAGUCACGUCGGUACCCCACAGAUGACAGUGUAGUGUGUGGAGUAAUCCUAUGGGUAACCUGCGAGUUCAGCUAUUUAUGGUAAACUUUCUUUUUUUUUGUUGAAAUGUACUUGUAGUAUACUACAGUGCAUCUUUACACGGGGGAUGAAUUUGAAACCAAGAUGUAGUUUGGAGUAAAAGCCAAAAGACAAAAAAAAAAAUUAUAAAAGACAAAUCUGAGAAGUACUGGUACGUAUGAAAAACAAACACGCGACACAUUGUGAUAAUAGAUAAAGAAUGUUCUUUCAUUUUUUUUUUUUUUUGUUGGGCUAUUGGGUACUAAACUGGGGCUUCACAGCGGUAUGUUGAGAUUAAAGAAGAUCACCGAAAGACAUGGCAUUUCCGAUACUGUGAAGGAGUUCACUAUGGAAAAAAUGGUUGCCUUAUAUUUAAAAAAUAAUAAUAAAUCAAACAGAAUGCCUGAAAAAAAUAACAUCCAGCUAAGAUUGACCACUUCGGUAGCACGUCCAUCUUCCAAAUGGAGCACUCUUCCUGACUCUUAGGUGUUCUUUUCCAUUAGCAGAACGAAAUGGAUAAAACAAACGAAGAAACUGUUUUUCAGUGUGUCCUUGAAAAUCAGAAGUCCCCACUUCAGCCAGAUGAAGUAUUAGACACAACGAACAAGCUGUGAGCUCAAAAAUCGCCUUAAAUAACGGACACUCUUGCAACGCAGUGCAUCUUUUGUAACUUGAAAAAUAUAUCCUAAAGCAAGUUAAAAUAUAACGUACAUAUAACGUAUGUACAGUACAAUGUGCAAAUGUCUCGAGAAUCAAACUUUGCGCCUAUUAAUUCUUGUAAAUCUCUUUUUUAUUAUAAAAUAAUUAUAAUUAUUGUUAGUUUUUGGUUGACUUUAUUUCUUAUUUUCUUUAUUUGUGUAUGUUAUUCUCCCAGGUGAGAAGAAAUCAGUCUGUCCUGUCGCAGUGGAAGAUGCCUAAUUUCUAUGUCAAUUUUAUGGUACCUUUGUACAAUUUUAAAAGUUCUUAUUUUAGUAUACAUUCAGAUAUCAGUAUUUCAACAUGUAAGAAAAUGUUACAUCACACAUAUUUUAUGAACAUUGUACUGUUGCUUUAUUAUGUGCUUCAAUCUCAGAAGCGGAAAACUUUGAAAUAAAUGCUCUUUUUAUAAAAUGAUCAA